GCAUGGGCUGUAUACACUGUUGCCUUGGCUCCCUCCAACAGAAAGGGACCUGGGCCUGUCCUACCCUGCUGGGUGUGGAGAAUUCCCUAUGUGCCUUCUGCAAAUUCAUCACAGGACUCGCAGCUGCGGAAGCCUGUUGGCUCCUGUUGGUCGGGAGCUGCCCACCCCGGGCCUCUGUCCCUUGGCCAGGGUGGCUGGAGCGAGGCCGCUGGACUCAGCGCGCACGGUGACUCCAAGUCCAAAUAUUUCAGCAUGAGCGAAAGGUGGAAAAACCACUCGACCCAAGUCAUGGCUAUUGUGAGAGAGUUUGCGGAGGUGGCGAAGAGAGGCAGUGCUACAGAAAUUGCAAAGAACAAGCGAGUGGUACGACUGAGAUCUCAGGCGGGGAACCUUUUCGCUGAAUGCCGUGAGAGAAGGAGACUCCCAGAACCGACUGACUUUGGCUAAACAUCUGUGAGCGUUAGACUCAGACUCUGAGGGUGAAGGUACUGAUAUUACUGCAUUGCCAUUGCCAAGUACUUCAGAAGGAAGCUGGAUCCAGGUCAGCCAAAGACAACGAGCAGGAAGUGUCAUGUUGUUUUCAAUCACUCCAGAAAAAAAAAAAAAAACUCCAGAACUGAAACAAAAGAGGGACUGGAAAAUUGCUAAUUUUUUUUGUAGCAGUAAUAUUCCCUUUUCUGUUAUUGAGCAUCCAACUUUUCAAGCAAUGAUCAGCUGCCUACGGCCAGGCUACCGAGCACCCAGUCAAAAGCAGGUACCAGGUGAACAGUGAAAUGCAGUUACUGAUGGCUUGAGGGGUGGAAGCAUGCAACAAAUUACAUGGAAAAACAGUUACGGCUGGCAUAACUGUGUGGAUUGCUCACUGUGUGCAAAUAGGGAAGACUGCUUCAUGCGUCAGUGGUUGAUAUGGUAUGUAAUAAGAAGCCUGGACAGUACUAUGCUACACUGGCAAGAGAAGCCAAGGCAUUAGCAAAUGAACUGUACAGUUGCAUUGUGAAGAGCGACAUGAUAGAAAAUAAGAAAAAGAUGGAAAGUAUGAUUGAUUUGGAAGACGAUGGAUGUGCAUCAUAUUGACUCAAUCUUCUUGGACAAGAACGUACACUAAGUGCUUUGAUGAAAUGUAGAUUGCCAGAAUAUUUUUGUAAAUCGCUGUCAGCCUGGAGCUUGGUUCAAAGAAUGCCGAAUCCCCAGUGACACGAUGGAACAAUCAAAUAACAUGCUUGGAAACAUAAGUUAAAAAUCGGCCACAUUAUCUCAGGAUUGUGAGAACUCAUGAGGCAGAAUUUGAAGAUAGAGCGAUCAGUAUAAUUAAUACUCAAGGAAUUUACCAAGAAGCAAAGAACUUGAUCACUCAAUUGAAACCAGUUGCGGUGGCACUUGACACACUCCAAAGGGACACACAUCAACAGUUGCUGUUACAUGUGAAGUAUGGUUGGAUCUGCAGAUAAAUGAAGAUCUUGCACCACAUAAAGCAAAAGUACAAAAGAGACAUCCUGAGGCAAUUACUCCUGUACACAUGUUGAUCAACCUCCUUCUCAGGAAAACACUCAGGAAGGAAACCGUCAGCUGAACAAGAAUAUAUUGCAAAGCAGUGGGUGCUUGGCAAAAAUCUGAAUGUUGCGCAAUAUUUACUUGCAUUUAAAGCAGAAAGAAAUCUACGUUUUCAUCCACUGUGAAGAAAAAGGAUGGGAAAAUCUGAAGGAUGCUGAUAGUCCAUCUAACUUCAUAGAACUGGUGAUGCAAUUGCAUCAGUGCCCAGCAAGUGCAGCAAGCAAAGAACGAAUCUUUUAAACUUUGGAUACAUCCAUUCAUAACUGAGGAAUAGGCUCGGUCUAUCCGCUGCAUCAAAGUUGGUCUACUGCUGCAGAAUGCUGCAUGGCCAGUUGGACCCAGGCUGGUCGCCUGCAACGCUGCAUGCUUCUGAUUGCGUAAUGCAUCAAGCUUGCACCUCUGCAUUGCUGUCAUUUUCAUAUCCUCAGAUGGUUUUGAUAUUUGUAUAAUAUUGAAAAUGAGUCAUGACCCGUAUGAUUUCCUUGAGGAAAAUACCAAACCAAAUUGGACACAGGCAUUCCGACGUUCCUAAUUACAUAUAUUCGUAUUAUGCCCUGUGCAGUUUUACUUUUUAUUUGUACAACCCUAAAUUAAUCACUGAAUCUACUGCCUUAUGGAACCGCAUUUUCAAUAUGUAACUAAAGUGGUGUGCAUUUCUGAAACCGUUUUUAAAAUGCCUUAAAUUGGGACUAACUAGUUUUUCCCAGGGUAGUAAAAACCAUGAUUUUACCUGGUAAAAACACCACCUCUGGGUGUGAUGUUCCCUGCCCUGCACCACCUCCGCCUGGGUGCCCGCCCCACACUUGGUGCCAGGAGGGCAGGCGGCUCUGCAGGGGAGUACCUGUCCCGGGAGAAUGAGCAGCGGUGCCGAGGGCUGCUGGAGGCCUCCACCAGACGCUACCGGCAGGAGGCGGUGGCAGCGGCUGUCCUGGUGACGCUGUGUUCUGUGGGCGGGUACCCGGCACUGCUGUACACGCUGCGCUCCAGCACGCUGACGGGCCAGCACAAGGGAGAUGUCAGUUUCCCGGGCGGCAAACGCGACAGCUCCGACCAGGAUGUGAUUGCCACAGCGCUGAGGGAGACUCAGGAAGAGCUGGGCCUGCACUUGGGGGCUGAGAGCGUCUGGGGGGUCAUGAGACCCCUACCCACUGGGGUAACACCACUCCACUCCCCUAGCAGUAGGGGACUGACUGUAGCUCCCGUCCUGGCACAUCUGGGCCCCUUGGAGUGUGUGCGUCUGAGCCCCAACCCACAAGAGGUCGAGGAUGUUUUCACCAUCCCUCUGUCUCAUCUGCUGCAGGCCCAGAACCACGGUUACACCCACUUCCGCCACCAGGGUCGUUACAGCCACACGCUGCCCAUCUUCCUCAACAGCCGCUACCGGGUGUGGGGGCUGACAGCCAUCAUCACGGACCUCACGCUGGAGCUGCUGGCGCCCAGCGUCUACCGCCGGAGAACACGCCCGCCCAGCCCCCGCUGAGCCCCCAGCCCACCUGCGCUAUGGACUGCCCCACCCCGCAGCAUGGAGAGAGCCAGCUGGCUGGUCUGGGUGAGGUCCCCCUGGAGGCAGAGAGAGCCAGCGGGGCAGGCUGGGUGAGGUGUCCCCUCACCUCAAGGGCAGAAAGAACAAGAGGAGCAGGCUGGGCAUGCCUGCCCUAGAAGCGUGGGACAGCGCUGAGGGGGUGACCCCAGGAGGGAAUCCCCAGCCCCUGAUAAUGCUGCGGGGGAGAAGAGUUACAUGGUGUCAGGAGGGGGGAUACUGGUGAGACCUGCGUGAGCCGUGAUGCUGGAGCCUGCUGUAUUUCAUGUGGGGCCUACGCAUAAACAAACCUCCCUGA